CUCUCUCUCUGAAAAACAAAAAAAUCUCCAACUCAUCCUCUUCUUCUUCGUCACACCUCUCUCUCUCUCUCUCUCUCUCUCUCUCUCUGCGCUCAUCAGCUCAUUUACUCUGCAUUUCUUCCCAUCUCACACCAUCUUCGCGUGUAAUCAAUCUCUCUCUCUAUCCCUCUCCCUCUCGCUCUCUAUCUGUCUGUCUCCGUGAGGCUGGGGCAAUGGCCUUGGAGUUGCUGCGCAGCCUCAGAGGUGUCGUUCUCGGCGGUUCGGGGGAGUCUGGUCCCACCUGCUCCGACCUUCUAGGGCAUCGCGGCUGACUGCUCCAUUUGAUAUCGCGUUCGGCUUCCGAGUCCCACAACCCGUGAGCUCCUGUCCUGUCCGUGUUCUCAUUCCAAGUGAUAGAGCAAUGUGUGGGGGAUCGGAGAGAUUGAAUCUUAAGCAGACCGAGGCACCUUCUUGCCAAGAAGGUGGGAACUUGAACUCUGGUAUGACUGACUCUAAUGGUACGAUGAAAAGAAACAGUUCUUUCUCUUGCUUGCUUGAGUUCGCUGCUGACAACGAUGUUGAGGGUUUCAAGAGAUUGGCCUGCGAUCUUUCUGCGAUUUCUGAGGUUGGAGUUUGGUAUAGUUACCAAAAGGAUUCAAAGCACAAGGUCCUAGAGCAGAGGACCCCUUUAAUGAUCGCUGCAAGAUAUGGAAGUACUGACAUUCUUAGAUUAAUUACUUCUGUACCCGGUGUAGACGUAAAUCAUGUUUGUGACCCUGUAAAGAGCACUGCCCUCCACUGUGCUGCUUCUGGUGGAUCAGCUAAUGCUGCCGACGUUGUCAAGUUACUUCUGCUUGCUGGGGCCGAUGUUAAUGCUAUUGAUGCCAAUGGAAAUCGACCAUUUGAUGUUAUUGUUGCUCACCCAGAUUUUCCUGGUUUGAAGCUUCAUCUGCAGAAACUUCUGAGCAAUGGUGAUGCUAUUGGUCAAAAUGAUCUGCAGUCUUCCAUGGCUGUCUCCAGAUCAAGUUCACCAUCACCAUGUGAAACUGACUUAGCCCUGCCUGAAAUUACUUGCAAUCCAAAUGAUGAACCCUUACAAUCCGCAAGAGAGAAGAAAGAUUACCUGAUCGAUCCAUCUUUCCCUGGUAUAAAGAAUAGCAUGUACACAACAGAUGAAUUCCGGAUGUAUGUGUUCAAGAUCCGACCUUGUUCUAGAGCUUACUCCCAUGAUUGGACGGAAUGCCCUUUCGCUCAUCCAGGUGAAAAUGCAAGGAGAAGAGACCCCAGGAAGUUCCAUUACAGCUGUGUCCCAUGUCCGGAGUUUCGUAGAGGUGCUUGCAAGAACGGAGAUUUAUGUGAAUAUGCUCAUGGAGUCUUUGAAAGCUGGCUUCACCCUGCUCAAUACAGGACUCGGAUAUGUAAGGACGGGAUGAGCUGUGCACGGAGAGUUUGCUUCUUUGCCCACACAAAUGAGGAACUACGACCCCUUUAUGUGUCUUCUGGUUCAGGAACACAUUCCCCUCGAUCGGCCAAUUCAGCAGUUCCUACCAUGGAUAUGGCCUCUGCCUUGAGUCUGUUUCCAGGAUCUCCCUCUGCAAUUUCUGCCAUGUCAGCUCCUCCAUUUUCACCGCCCAUGUCUCCCACUGGUAACAGUAUGCUUCAAUCGUCCAUGACUCUGUCUCAGCAAAGUAUGCCAAUGCUGAAUCUCCCAACAAGCAGGCUGAGGUCUUCUCUCAAUGCCAGGGACAUCCCAGUCGAGGAACUAAACUUGCUAAAUUCUCCCAUUCCAAGCCCGCCUGUUCGCUCUAAAAUUGUCACUCCUUCGAACCUCGACGAGCUCUUCUCCUCCGAGGUCUCGUCUCCCCGGUGCUAUGAUCAUCGCUCCUCUUCAUCUGUACUUUCCCCGAGUCACAAGUCAGUCCUCCUCAAUCAAUUCCAGCUGCAGCAGCAGCAUGGCAUGUUAUCUCCAAUCAGAACAGGAGUCUUCUCUCCGAAGAAUGCAGAUCAUCCUCUUAUUCAGGCUUCAUUGCAUGCAUGUUCUCCUCGUGGAAUGUCUCCAUGUGGCAUUGAUCCUCUAUCCCCCAUGAGCUGUCGCCUCUCCACCUUCGCCCACUGCGAGAAGCUGCACCAGGAGCUGCAGAGCCUCAAGUCUCGGGAAUUCGGUCUUAGCGGAACUAUCGGCUCGCCCAUCAAUUCGAGGCCAAAGUGGGAUUCUGCUGUCUCUGCGACAGUAGAUUGGUCUGUUCAACCUGAUGAUCUGAUUCCAUUGCCGAAAUCUAGCUCGAAGGGGAAUAAAAGGGAGCUGCCCGAUUUUUCUUGGGUUCAAUCUUUGGUUAAAGAAUCACCUUCUCCGUUCAAGACACGGUCGGAAAUAGCAAAGCCUAACUCUAACCCGAACCCUCUGAUUGAUUCCAGUGAUCAAGCAAUACUGGGAGCAUGGCUUGAGCAGUUGGAGCUCGAUAAGAUUGCUUCUUAGUGAAGAUCUGCAGAUGCUGAGAGAACUAGGAGGGUGAGAUGUCUCGCGGAAAUAAGUUAAUUCCUUUAAUCAUUUAUUUGUUGCCAUUAGAGAAAUCAGGAAGAGGGCUAAGUUCGAUCUGGGUCUUCUGCAUCGACUCAGCCUUUGUAUUGUUUCUUGAUUUCUGAAUACCUUUGUUUUUCUUUCGAAAAUAUCUGUUCUUCAAUUUGUUUCGAGUUCAUUAGGGCAAUGUAUCUGUUUUAUUGGGAAAGGAAAUUGUUACAGAUGGGUUCCUUUUGUGAUUCAAUUGUUACUGGGGACAGAUUUAUGAAUUAUUCUUCAUGUGUAAACAUUAUUUAUGAAUUAAUUGAUCUUCUGUUCUU